AUGUCGCAGUACAUUCCUCAGAUUUCCUCUCAAUCCCUUUCGGAUAAGAUUGUUCUCAUUACUGGCGGCGCCAAUGGUAUUGGUGCAAGUCUCGUAGAGCAAUGUUUAGAAAGCGGGGCCAAUGUUUGCUUUGGUGAUCUCGACAACAUCGAGGGCGAGCGCCUGUUGAGAAAAUGUACUGAGAAUUUCCCUCCGGACGCGCCCGGCCAGCCCCCACGGGUAGUCUUCCAAUCCACCGAUGUCACCAACUACCAGUCGGUCUUGGGAUUGUUCGACUUGGCUUUCCACACAUACACGCGUAUUGACCAUGUGGUUUCUGCUGCCGGUAUUGUGGAGAUUGGAAACUGGUUCGACUUUGGACUCACCUUGCAGACGAUCCGCCAGGCACCAACCCACAAAGUCCUGGAUGUCAAUCUUAUUGGCUCCAUGUAUGUUGCCCGCAUUGCAUCCGUAUACCUUCGCCAUAACCGCGGCCCCGGCGCCGACCGAUCUAUCCUGCUUUUCUCAUGCUCUUCUGGCUUCAAGGAUAGUCCUUCCUUGUUUGUCUACCAGGCCUCUAAGCACGGCGUGGUAGGCCUUAUGCGCUCUCUACGCAGUUACAUCAAUUCGCCUUACAAGCAUAACAUUCGCAUUAACACGGUGUGUCCGUGGAUGACUGAGACCGAAACCAUCAAAAAGAUCGAACAACAGUGGAAGCAGGCUAGCCUGCCCACAAACAGCCCUAAGGAUGUCUCAAACGUCGCAGCUAGUAUGCUGGCCGAUUCAAAACUCAACGGUCAAUCUAUGUUUGUUGAAGGUGGGCGGGCUUGGGAGAUUGAGCAAAACAUCGAACGCCUCGAAGCAGAGUGGUUGGGUGCAGGACCUUCUAAAUCUCUAGCAGCUGGACAAGAGUUGCUUGACGAUGGCUCGGUCUGGACAGCUACUCCCCGUAAGAGGAGUAGUAUCUCUGUCGACGGUGUGCCCCCUGGUGUUCCGCUUGCUAAGAUCAAUGGCAUUUAUCACAAGAAUAGCUUCUCCAAUGGCGUGACAAAUGGACAUACGAAUGGUAUCACCAAUGGAGUCCACUAA